AUGUUACUGACAUCUCUGGUAGAAGCACCGCCUCAAAUGCUUGGAUACCUUUAUUCCUCUUUCGUCUUCCCCUUUUUGCGACAGUAUCAACAAACCUUAUCGAUCAACAAACCCCUUCCAGGAUUGCUUCCAAAAUUGAACGACGAUUUCUCAUCGCCUGGCGGUAGCAGCUCGGUGAAGGUGGGUGUGACCGGGACUCCAGGCAGCGGCGACUGUCAGUGGCGAUGGCAGCUCCGCUGCUUCCACUUUCCUAUUCCGAUGAGUCCGACGAGAGGGAAAGACAGAGGCCGGAGGUUGACGAAUUUCGAUGAGGGGCUGGUCACGGUGGCGGCAAGAGUUGCUCCAACGGCCCCCGUUGCUUUGUUCCCGGCGAUUUUGUCGAGUGGGAAAGGGCAGGGAACAAUCCGAUCACCACAGACGAGUUCGGUGGUGAAUUUGGGUCAAGGGAUAGUGUUUCUUGGAUGGUGCUCGCUCGACACAGCAACAACACCACCACCACCGUCACAUGCCUUUUUCUUCUAA